UUAUACUCUUCGUGAUCCCCGACCUAACUCUCCGUCUUCCCUGACCUCACUUGAAAGCUCAAAAGCUAUCCUUUCAUCAUCUUCGGCGUUACGAAGAUCCACAUAAAGCUCCCUUAUUGACAUAUUCCUUAUACUAUGUAACAUCAUAAUGACAUAAAGCUCAAGUGUUUUCUCUUAUGUUUCUAUGUGUGUCUUUAUACUUGAUGCGAGAGGUGUUUUAGUACGGUUGUGGGUCUGAAAAAACUACACCAGCAGGAAGAGUACUUGGAUUUCCAGCGCAACAUUUUUUUCUUUUGUUUAACAUUUUCUGUGGGCAUCCUGAUUGUAACUUUCUACUUAAUUGGGUUUUUAUUUUCUUUUACAUAUAAGCACAACCAAUUAGAGGAUCGCUAGAGGCGAGGAGCUAGGUCCUAUCUCCGAAGUUUUUAUCGCCUUCCACCGCUUCUUCUCACAUCAUAGACCAUUAUUGUCAACGGUUCAAUGCCACGGCGGUGAAGAAGUUUAAUAGUUGGGAAGAUUGUUGUUGGGAAGACGGAUAUGGAUGAGUUCGGAAUGGGAAGCCCAGCUGAAGCUUUCUUCCUUUCAGAAGGAAGUUCAUCAGGAGGAUUGGCAGCAGUUGUUGCAGCAAUAUAAUACAUGGUGUCUCAUGGUAGUGUUACAGGUUUGGACUAAUGGCCUAUGGCCCUAUGCAUCUUCAUUGGAUGUGAUUGGUUUCUUUGACUCUACAUUUUCUGAUGCUGGGAUGCUUCUUCAUGCUCUCUUCGGGUUUGAUAGGGUUGAAUCCACGAGUAGCAAACAGUCCCAGUUUCUCUCUAUUAAUUCUUUUGAAUCCAAACCGGUUUGAAGGGAAUGAAAGUUGGUGUUGAUUCUGGAAUGAGAUCUGCAACUUAGAAGCAUUGGGUUGUGUAUUGAUUCACUGACAGCGGUCAUCCAUUCUCUCUUGGACUACCAGCCUACUAUGUGGUGCAUGAUGAGUAUAUCAAUGUGGACAGUGUUUUGGUGCAGAUGGAAAGAUUAUUAGUGAGAACCUUCGGACUGGUGUCAUAAUAUUCCCGUUUGUUUCUUCUUGCAACACUCUUAUUAUUAUGCGUGCGAUCGGUUCACGAUCCCCAAGGAUGUUGCAGCCUGUAUGUCUUCCCUCGAGAAUCUUAUUAAGGCAAUCAUUACUUUCUGUUAGGAAAAAGUUUUGUAAAGAACAUGAACACACGUUGAGCUGGUUACUGUUAUUAUCCAAGCUAAGAUUAUUGAGAAUAACAAAUGUCAUGUAAGUCGC